CAAUUUUGUUUUGAUUUUUCAGCAUUAAAACAAAAUUCAUCAGCAAUCCAAUUUCCACAAUGUUUUAGGCAUGGCAUGUUCUGAACCACACACGAGCUUUCAAAUUCAAUGCAUUGGAAGGGGGAUAAAAUCGAGUAAGAAGUCCGGGACACUUAACCAAAAAAGUAGAGGGGCAAUGGUGUCCACACUCAGUCAGGGGUACAUUGUAUCUGUUCUUUUAUCUAUUUGUCAUUUGUUGACCAUCCAACGCAUUACACGUGCGAAUGGUGGUGGUUCACGCAGUGGAUCCGAAGCAGUCCUCUCAACUCAACGCAAGUGCGUUGCGCCUCCGUCUUUAGCCUUUAGCAUCAGUGCGUGUUCGUCGCCAUAUUGUCCGUGAUACCUUUUGCUUUGAUACACUUCCCUCCACUUUACUCCCUUUCCUCGUUCUCUCUCUCUCUCUCUCAUAGUUUGGAGUAAAAAAAGAGAUCAAAUACUCAGACAGUGCGAAACAAAACAAUGCGGACGAGAAGUUGUUCAGAUCACAGGCUUUAAUUCUUGUUUAUUCAGAUUCUCUGGGGCAGUUGCUGGAUAAUGGAAUCCUGCGAUUGCAUUGAGACUCAAUGGCCAGCUGAUGAGCUCUUAGUGAAAUAUCAAUAUAUAUCAGACUUCUUUAUUGCCUUCGCAUAUUUCUCCAUUCCCUUGGAGCUUAUUUAUUUUGUUCAAAAAUCUGCAUUCUUCCCAUACAGAUGGGUGCUAAUGCAGUUUGGUGCUUUCAUUGUACUUUGUGGAGCAACCCACUUUAUUAAUUUGUGGACAUUCUCCAUGCACUCCAAAACUGUUGCUGUGGUGAUGACUGUAGCAAAAAUGGCUACCGCUUUUGUAUCAUGUGCAACAGCUCUGAUGCUUGUUCACAUAAUUCCUGAUCUGCUAAGUGUUAAGACGCGCGAAUUGUUUCUGAAGAACAAGGCUGAAGAGCUUGACAGGGAGAUGGGCCUCAUUAUAAAGCAAGAAGAAACUGGUAGGCAUGUCAGAAUGCUGACUCAUGAGAUCAGAAGCACACUUGACAGACACACAAUAUUGAAUACUACUCUCAUUGAGCUGGGUAGGAUGCUAGAUCUAGAGGAAUGUGCUUUAUGGAUGCCAUCUCGAGGAGGUCUGAAUUUGCAACUCUCCCACACUCUAAACAAUCUGAUACAACUCGGAUCUACUGUGCCAAUCAAUCUUCCCAUAGUCAAUGAAGUUUUCAGCAGUGGUGAAGCAAUAAGGAUUCCACAUACAUGCCCACUGGCAAGGAUCCGGCCUCCAGUGGGAAGAUAUGCUCCACCUGAAGUUGUUGCUGUUCGUGUACCUCUUCUACAUCUCUCAAAUUUCCAAAUUAAUGAUUGGCCUGACCUUUCUGCAAAAAGUUAUGCUGUGAUGGUUUUGAUUCUGCCAAUGAAUGGUUUAAGAAAAUGGCGUGCCCAUGAGUUGGAGCUCGUGGAAGUUGUUGCUGACCAGGUUGCUGUUGCUCUUUCUCAUGCUGCAAUUCUUGAAGAGUCCAUGCGGGCCCGUGAUCAGCUCAUGGAGCAGAAUCUUGCUUUAGAUUCAGCUCGACAAGAAGCGGAGAUUGCGAUCCGUGCUCGCAACGAUUUUUUGGCUGUGAUGAACCAUGAAAUGAGGACACCAAUGCAUGCGGUUAUUGCAUUAUCUUCAUUACUUUUAGAAACUGAAUUAACUCCAGAUCAUCGGGUUAUGAUUGAGACCGUACUAAAGAGUAGCAAGCUUUUGGCAACACUCGUUAAUGAUAUUCUAGAUCUUUCUAGACUUGAGGAUGGCAACCUAGAACUAGAUACUGGAACAUUCAAUCUUCAUGGAGUGUUUAGAGAGGUCAUCAAUCUAAUAAAGCCUAUUGCAUCUGUAAAGAAGUUAUCUAUGACAUUGGCUUUGGCUCUGGAUCUACCUGUCUAUGCUGUUGGUGAUGAGAAACGAAUUAUGCAAAUUAUCUUAAAUGUUGUGGGCAAUGCCAUUAAGUUUACAAAACAAGGUUAUGUUUCAAUCGAGGCUUCCAUUGCGAAACCAGAGUAUUUAAGAGACUGGCGACCUUCUGAAUUCUAUCCUAUGUCGAGUGAUGGCAACUUCUACUUAUGGGUGCAGGUUAAGGAUUCUGGCUGUGGUAUUAUCCCGCAAAAUAUUCCACUACUUUUCACCAAAUUUGUUGAGUCUCGAAGUGCAUCAAGUCGGAGUAAUGGUGGUGCAUGUCUUGGACUCGCCAUUUGCAAACGGUUCGUGAAACUCAUGGGAGGUUACAUUUCGAUAGAAAGUGAGGGCCUAGGCAAGGGUAGCACAGUUAAAUUUGUCGUGAAACUUGGAACCUGCGGCAACCCAAAUGAAUCAACAAUGCAGCAGAUGCUUCAAGAUAGAGCAAACCAAGGUAGUGGUGAUCUCAUCGGAAAUAGGCAGGUCCUCAAAAAUGACAAUGGGAUGGCCUCUUCAGUUCCACGCUAUCAAAGGAGUCUUUAGGUGACAGCAGCAGUAGUUCUGGUAGAACUGGACCCAGUUUGUGUAAGCAAUGAAUUCCUUUUCUUUAACCAUUUUUUCCAUGCGUCAAACAACCGAGGGGGAAAAUAUAUCACAGCAACCUGAUCAUAUCUCUGCGUUCUAACAAUUCAACUGUUCUCAUAAAACCAUAUCAGGCUAAAAUCCUUUUUCAGUUUCAGUGUGAUGUAUGAACACAAUUUAAUGUGCCUCUGGGGAGUGCUAUAUGGUGGGUAAAAUGAUGCAUAUCAUUCACAUAUAAGAUUGAAAUGAUGUUGCACUGCACCGACGCUUUCGGUUCCACCAUAUGCAUAAGUUGGGCUUUCGAGUUUAGCAAGGACGUACGGCAGAUUUUUUCAGCAUCAAACUGUGCGGUAAUAUAUUGCAGCCAUUGUACACGGCAUUCCAAGAGUUGUGUGUAAAUAUAUCGAUAGCUAGGCCUGGGAGGGCCAUAUUUGCUGUAGAAGUGAAAGACCAUCAAGGAGAAUCCACAACGACGCAACCUCCCUAACCUCGUCCGUAUGGGCUAAAUGAGUCAACCUCCCCGACAUAGGAUCACUAUAAAUUCAUCAUAUGUAUUGAACUACAUGGCAUUCCAAGAUUUUGGGUUGUUUCUUUCCUUCAGUACAACGAAAAUUAC